AUGGAAUUUAGUGAAAGAACACUUUUAUUACAAAGCAAUAAUAAUUCAUCAAAUAAAUUGUCUGUAUUUUUCGCUAUAAUAUGUAUUGUUGAUAUAUUUGGAGUCUUUCCCAUAGUCGCUUUACCUAAGGCAAUUAUUGACUGCGGAUAUUAUGGAAUUGCAACAAUUCUACUUAUUUGUACUGUUCAAAUUUACACAGCCUCCCUGUUAGGCCGUUCCUGGAAUAUAGCUCAAGAAAUCAAUCCAAACAUAAAAUUGAAAAGCCGAUAUCCUUAUUCUGCUUUAGCAGAAAUUACUUAUGGAAAGUAUCUAUCUCGUUUUGUUAACUUUUUGGUUGACUUGACUGUUUUUAGUGGUGGAAUUCCAAACCUAAUUGUUGCAUCACAGAACUUGGAACUUUUGGGUUUGAGAAUAAGCAAUCAAAAUACAGACAUAUCCUUCUGCUAUUGGAUAAUAAUUUUAGGAGUAUUACUAUGUCCUAUGUUAUGGUUGGGAAGUCCAAAAGAUAUGAAGAUCUUGUGCAGCAUCUCAGUAGUUUUAGUAAUUUUAGUAUUUCUCUUAAUAUGCUGGUGUAUACUGUUUGGAACUACACCAGAAAGUUCAACUGUCACAGACAAUUCUACCGUUGAAAUUUGGAAAUAUAUUAUGACUGCUUAUGGAAUAAUUGCGUUUCAAUUUGAUGUCCAUCCAGUAGUGUUAACAAUACAAAUGGAUAUGAAGAAAAAAUCUAAAUUACCUUUGGCAGUACUUUGUGGAUUUUUUGUUUCUCUGUUAAUGUUUGCCGUUAUAACUAUUAUAAGUGCAUACAAAUAUGGAACUUUUAUUCGUCCAAGCUUACUGGAAACAUUGCCAACUUCAAUUCCACUACAUUUUGCAGCUGUUUUAGUAGCAUUGCAGUUGUGUCUAACUUCAGUAGUUAGCAAUAAUGCUCUCUAUCAGCAUAUGGAGAAUUGUUUAAAUAUAUCUAGAGAUUUUAACUGCAAAAGAUGCAUUUUACGAACUAUUCUCACUAUAUUGGCGAUAGUAUUGGCCGAAUCUGUUCCUAGAUUUGAUCUAGUUAUGUCUCUCAUAGGAGGUAGCCUCACUGCACCUCUAGUGUUUAUAUUACCACCCCUUUUUUACAUGAAACUACAGUCCUUGCAAAAAAAGCACAUUGAGCAACUGCAAGAAGAAUCAAUUACAAAUAUCCUAAUGCCCAGGGCCGGGCCAUCGAGUGAAUUUUCCGAAGAGUACUCGGCAGAUCUGUCAAAAUAUUACGAGACGAAAUUUAAGGAAGAAUUCAAAGCUUAUGCCGGAAAAUGCGACAAGUUUUUUGAAUGUGUUUUUAACAGAAAGCUUGAAAUUGUAAUAUGCUGUAUUAUAAUAAUAGCAUCCGUGUGUGCCACUUGCGUAACCUCAUAUUUAAACAUACGAAGUUCUGCUUUGUCGUACGUUAAUUUCAGUAAACCUUGUAUUUAUAAUAUAUCUCGAACAUUGUUAUAUUUAUAA